AUGAAUAACAUGAAGGCUUUCGUCGAAAAGUUCCGAAAGUCAAGUGAUAACUUAAAACAGGAUGACGAGCUCUACGUAGAAAGAAAACAACUCAAGCAACUUCACAACUACUUCUCCCAUUCUCUUCUAUACCUGGAGAGACUAGAGAAUGUUAUAAAGAACAUAAACAUCAUGAUAAGUGAUUUGAAUAGAAGUCUGAUGUCUUUCUUUGAAAAUGACAUGAAUCUAGAAACAAUAAAACAGAUAUCGUACAUACUUAACACAUUUAACGAUGUGAGGGAGCAGAUAACUAGCCAUAUUGCAAAUGCGAAAGUGGCUGCAAAUAACACCCUUGAAAAUAUCAAGACGCUACAGAAUUUAUGCACGAGGAAGAAAAAUUUAGGAGCAUCCAUAGAACACUAUGAAAAGAAAAUUAGAAAAUUACAACUCGUUAGCGCUUCGAACCAGAAGCAUUUGGACAAAGUAAUUAGAAAUGAAGCCAAGUUAAACAUGGUAAAAAAUGAUUACCUAAAAUAUCAUGACGCUAUUAAGAAAGGGUUUGAAGUUAUUUUGGAAAAUAAAACCAACAAGGUUCUAUUUGAUGCUCGGAAGGACCUGGAGAUUUUGUUGUGUUACUUCUCCCUCAUGAAUUCGGUUUCCCUCAAGUUGAAGGACCCCCUAAAGGAGCUGAAAUACAAAUGCCCGGACGCGAACAAGCCGAAGCUGCCAAUCGAUUACAACUUCUUCCUGGAGGAGGAAGACGACAUGAACUUCUUCAAAGAAAAGAAGAAAGGGUACAGCCACACCACUAGCAUGCAGAAUGUGCACAGUGCACACAAUGUACUGAGUACGCGCAGUAUGCAGAGUAUGCAAAUGAGCAGUGGGAAAAGUAGAGACUAUAACUACAGUAGCAGCAGUAGUGUCAACAUCAACCCCUUCGCUCGCACCCACGUGCCGAGUUUAGAAAACAAAAUGUUCAAGAAGCCAGUAAACCCUGCUGCGCUAGCCGAACUUGAUGUUAAAAAAGAAUCAACUUUUUUCAACAUUAAAAGUCUUCUAGGCGUUGCUGACAAAUCGGCUUCAUCCUCGGCGCCCGUGAAGGAAAAAAGCUUUUCCUCCCCGAAAAUCUCCCCGGCCUUUCCGCAAUAG